CGCCACACCUGCCUGGUCACCUACCGGGCUGGUAUCGCCUUCCCGACAACGGGCCUGGGGCGCGAGCUUCGAGGCCCACUGACCCCACGUGAUGAUGGACGGCAUCAGGCAGGCGAUCGCAUGUUCUCGACCUAGAUCAACCUUACGGACCUGCACUACCCUUGUAUGACACUGCAUUUUUCCAUCAAGUAUCAAACCUGUGUACAAGAGCAACGGGAAGCGUGCCGAGCGAUAUGCCGUUCACCUGAGCCCUGGUGAACUCGGCUUCAAAACCCCUUUUCGAACCGACCGAUCUCGUUGAGCGCCCAUCCACUACCUGUCUCGCGAGGGCAAAGUAUCUCCAACAAGCAGCAUGGCGAGUCCAGGAGAACUCGAUCCACCAGUGGAUAUUCGGAAGCAAGAAGAUACUGGAGCCCAUCAGCUAGCAGAUCAUUCCGACUCCGAGGACCACUUCACAGACGCCCAGUCAGCCGCCAGCGCGCACGGAAGCUCGCCCGUACCCACUACGAGAGUCGAGAGAGUCGAUGACGAGCCUGCACAUGGCGAGGUGCCGGGUACCGAAGCCAGCAAGAUGAGGGAGGGCGAUGCCCAGCCUGAUGAGAUUGCGGUGAUACCCGAGGAUGACACCGAAUCACAAAGCACUGGGCACAGUGAGAAAGUACCGGCGACAGUUGUCGAGGAGGCGCCUGGAUCGAUGGGCCCUCGAUCGCAGGAGUUCGUGGAUAAGAGACGAGCGGACGCUCCUCCUGACGUCGUGGUGAGCCCGAGUGCCGAGGAGAAGGGCGAGGUCGACGGGGAAAGCAAUCAUGACGAACUUAAUUCACCAUCGUUACGGGCACCUGACUCUGAAUCCGCGCCCGCGGGCCGGCCGAGGAGAAAAUCUUCAAGAUCGAUCAGGCCAACACUCGACGAAGCCAGUGAUUUUGGCGACGAUGCAGAAGAUGCGUUUGGCGACGAUUUCGAUGACUUCGAGGAGGGCGCUGGGGACGAUGACUUUGACGACUUCGACGACGAUUUCCAACAACCAGAGGCCCAGGCACACCCAGUACCCGCGGCGCCUCAAAACUCGCUGCCAUUUGCGAUACCGGAUUUCGAGGGCCUCAACGCCGAUGAUAUAAUGAGCUCUACCGAGUCGUAUCUGGCGUAUCUCUUCCCCCCCGAGGAACUCGAUGUACCGGAAUUCCCUCCCUUGCCCAAGGAGUCAACGUCAUUCACCACACCCCGAUCCGCCUCAUUAUGGUCACAGCUCAUUGCGCCGCCACCACUUGCACCACCUGAUUGGAUACGUUCCCGUACGCGUCGAUUGUUCCUGGUCUCACUCGGUGUCCCGGUCGAUCUCGACGAGAUCCUCCCUGCCUCGAAGCAGAAGAAGCUUGUCUUGCCGUCAUUGAGUGUGCCCUCAGGGGCCUCACCGCGCACGUCCAGUGACUCCCGGUCUGUAUCACGCUUACGGCAGGGCGAAGGUAAUGCCUCAUCCACGUCUGUAGAUACACAAGGGAAACCAAAGAGGCGGAAAGGGCCACCUCCACCGCCUGAUUUUGACAUGGUGUCCGCACGGCAUGCCUGUAAGACUACUGAUGAGGCCUUGGACGGAAUGACGAACCAAGAACUCCAAUCUCACGUCACAAAGCUGCAAUCGCUUGAAGCCACUGCAAAAGAAGUGUUGGAGUACUGGACCAAGAGGACAGAUGAGAGGAUCGCUGAAAGAGAGACGUUUGAAGGCGUCAUUGAAAACUUGGUGAAGCAUGCAAGAAAGGUUCGCAAAUAAUUGCUAGUACUUAAGACUCGGGUACACCCUUGUAGGAAUUCAAAUGGGACUUCACAU